AUGCCCGUCUUCGAAGAGACCUCUGAUGCGCGUCGGGAUCUGAGGAUCCUACCAUCACGAGCUCUACCACUACCACGCUUUUCACCCAAGACAUCCACGACUGGCGAUGAACGCGAAGUCGUUGUCAUCGGUGCCGGACCAAGCGGCCUCUUCCUCACGCUACUACUUGCCAGAUAUGGAAUAUCAGGAUCGUCCUUACUUUGCUUGGACUCUAAGCCAGGUACCUUGAAGGCGGGACAAGCAGAUGGCCUUCAACCUCGCACACUUGAAGUUUUGCAAAGUCUUGGAAUAGCCUCUGAAAUUAUUGCGGAAGGAUGCCAUAUGGAAGAAGUAGCUUUCUGGAACCCUGCAGCUGACGGCAAGAGUGGUAUCGAGCGAACCUCUUUUGUACCCGAUGUUAACGUUCCGGCACGCUUCCCGUUCGAGGUUACCAUUCAUCAAGGACGAAUUGAGAGAAUUCUUCAAGAGAACCUCAGUGUUUAUGCGCCCGAGGAUACAAUCCGAAGAUCUCAUCACUUCUUGGAUUACACAGUUGACACUGUCAACCACCCAGAGUAUCCCAUACUUGUCAAUUAUGAGCACGAGCUUGAGGACGGGAGUCGCGUGCCCGGCUCUGUUCGUACAAAGUACUUGGUUGGUGGUGAUGGUGCACGUUCAAAGGUCAGAAAGUCUAUGGGGCUUUCACUGGAAGGAGAAACAUCUGAUCACAUCUGGGGUGUUUGCGAUUUUGUCGCUGAUACAGAUUUCCCGGAUAUCCGCAAUCGCUCUGCAGUGCAUUCUGAAGCAGGCUCUAUCAUGGUCAUUCCUCGAGAGCAAAUUGCCACAGGAGAGUAUCUCACUCGUCUCUACGUCCAAGUACCAGGCGAUGUCGAUGCAAAAACAGACCGCACAACGACAACCGAAGACGAAAAGAAGAACGCAAGCAAGAAAAAGCGUGCUGAAGUUACUCUCGAAUACAUCUUUCAGCAAGCAAAUGCUGUUUUCGCACCGUACAAGAUCAAGGUUAGAGAAGGGACUGCUCCGGAUUGGUAUGCCGCGUAUCAGAUUGGCCAGAGAAUGACGCCAAAGUUCUCGUCGAGGACAUCAGAUGGCGUCGAUAGAGUCUUCAUCGUCGGUGAUGCUUGCCACACACACAGUCCGAAAGCAGGUCAAGGCAUGAACGUCAGCAUGAUGGACAGCUAUAAUUUGUCCUGGAAGCUAGCUCACUCGAUCCUCGGUCUAUCUCUCAAAGCUGCUAAAGACAGCGCAGAUACAGUUUUGGAGACUUUCGAACUGGAGCGUGUUGACACUGCCCGUCAACUCAUCGAAUUUGACACAAAAUUCUCGCACAUGUUUUCUGGCAAAAUUGGGUCGGGCGACUCUUCCACCGCAGGACUUACACACGACGAGUUUCUGAAAGUGUUCCGCGAUGGAAGUGGUUUUACAAGUGGCUGUGGCCUUGAGUACAAACCUAGCAAGCUCGUCCGGGCUGCCAAAAGCUCUCAAGAUAUGGUAAUCUCGACAGGAGAUCCGCUUUAUGGUGCUCUCACUCCAGGUAGAAGAGUGCUGAAUGUUGAGCUCAAGCGUUUUGCCGAUAACACUACUCGUCAGCUGCAAGACGAACUGCCAUCGAAUGGACGAUACCGUCUUCUCGUACUAACCAGUACAAACCUUCUUGACCCCUCUGGCUACUCUCAAAAAGCACUUAAAGCAUGCGCCGAUAUUGUAGAAAGUCAUCCGGCUGGCUCAAUUGACCUUGUGGUCUUGCACCCUAUCAAGGAUAGAUUCGAGUGGACGCAAAUUCCGUCAGACGUCAAAAAACUUGCGGAGAUGAGAACCUACGGACUGACGAAGAAGGAAGAUGCUUAUGACGUCUAUGGUAUUUCGAGAGGGGAAGGAGCUGUUGCUGUUGUCCGGCCGGAUGGAUACGUCGGUGUUCUCUGUCGCCUAUCUGCCCCUGGAAUUGCCGAGGACUACUUGGGAGGUUGUUUGGUUACGGUCUGA